AUGGUCGCAGAGUGCGCUGGAGGUUUCUCGACUUAUGGUGGAGGCUGCCCUGCGUUAAAGCAAGUUUCGUCAUUAACUCUACCAGAGCCGCGCGCACCCUCCGGGAAAUCGGGAGACAUAUAUGGAAGGCCCAGAUUAAACUACCGAGUGGGCAGUUGUGACGGUAGUAAGUCAAAAAGUUUUUUUGCUAACAACGGGAGCAGGGAGGCCAUCCUCCAGGAUCAUGGUAUUCCACCUCCCGUUUCUUCUUCCCUGUUCAAAGUGAAGGCGGACACACUCUCGAUGGUGACAAACCUUGUGCAACCGUCGCCACCCGAAGUGCCAUGCCCAAGACGUGCUCGAUCCGCUAUGUCCACUUCAUAUGGCCGGUGCUCUCCACAGACAGUUGACCGUCUGCCCCGCCCUGGCACAGGCCGAUGUUCCUCGUCGGUUGGGUGCUCGAAGAAACGCCUUUUGGUCCCCCCUCCAGACGGGGAAGAUGUGGGAAAGCUCGUUGUUGUGCUUGACCUCGAUGAGACCCUCGUGUAUUCACGCGAAGGUACUAUCGUGCCGAGGCCUGGCUCACAGCGGCUCUUUGAUGUGCUGCGCGGCCGUUGUGAGGUGCUUGUGUGGACGGCGGGUGAGAGGCUGUAUGCGAUGGAGGUGCUACGGAUGAUUGACCCUGCUAGUUGUAUUAAGCACUGCGUUUACCGGAGCAAAAAGUGGUGGACAGAAGGCCCGGGUUGUGUAAAGGACUUGACUAGCCUCGGUAGGCCUCUGGAUCGUGUUAUACUAAUCGACAACAUGUCCGAGUGUUUAAGGGCAAACCCUCGGAAUGGGCUUCUCGUCACAGACUUCAUGGGGUUGAAACAGAUGGGAGCGAAGCUGGACACAACCCUCUACGUUAUUGCUGAUGUAAUCGAUGAGGUGCUGCGCUCUUCUAAAGUUUCAAUAGAAUCUUUCCAUGCCCAUCCACAGCUUCAACGAAGACUCAUUAAGUGUAGCGCUGGGGGAUCCAUUGAAGUUUUGACACUGAGACAGGAUCGAUGUGAAAGCUUCAGGCGACCGCAGCGGAAGCCAACUACCGCACAGCAGUGGCAGAGACUUAUACCAUAG